AUGGCUCCCGCCACAAAGCCCGCAGCAAAGAAGCAGCAGUCUCUCACUUCCUUCUUCACUCCCAAGACCGUCAAUGGCCUAGCUGCCGUCUUCCAGAAGGAGAGCGAGGCACGAGCCAAGGCUCAAUCCCCUUCGAGCAAAGAUGCCGGCUCGCCAUCACGAAAACGACCGCUAGAAGACACGGAAAAGGAGAACGAACAACCCGAGAAGGCCCUCAAAAAGUCUCGAGCAGAUGAUGCAGAGGAUGCAGAAUCAAGUACAUUCUUCUCCAAAACAAAGGCCAAUCAAUCAUCACCCUCCAGGGCACGCACGGAACGAUAUCGAUACGACGAUUCGAGUGCACGGAAUACUCAGAAGGCCCAAGAGAACGCCGAGGAAGACGAGGAUGCGCAAGAGAAGCGACGGCAACAUGAGCUACACAAAAAGUUCGUCAAGAAACUCGGGCACCCGGACGCCAUGGCCUGGCGACGCCGUCUCCAGGACGACGCGCCAGCCGGCGAUGAUGAAGAUGCAGAUGGUGAAGGAGACGAGGACGAGGCUGCGGCGCCCAAAACAAAAACCAAGAAGAAGGGCUCCAAGACUGGGAAGCUGACUCCCAUGGAGAUACAGUUCCUCGACAUCAAGAGGAAGCAUUUGGACACAAUCCUCAUUGUCGAGGUUGGCUACAAGUUCCGGUUUUUUGGUGAAGACGCUCGCAUCGCAGCCAAGGAGCUGAGCAUAGUCUGCAUACCUGGAAAGAUGCGAUAUGAUGAGCACCCGUCAGAGGCACACCUGGAUCGCUUUGCUUCAGCCAGCAUCCCCGUCCAUCGUCUUCCCGUCCACGCAAAGCGCCUAGUCGCUGCAGGCCACAAGGUUGGAGUCGUCCGUCAGAUCGAGACUGCUGCCCUGAAGAAGGCUGGUGACAACCGUAAUACGCCUUUCAUCCGGAAACUCACCAACCUCUACACCAAGGGCACAUAUAUCGAUGAGAAUGGUGAGCUCGAUCAAGGUAGUGGCUCUGGCGCUCCUUCGGGCGGCUACCUACUUUGCAUCACCGAGACCAAGGCCAAGGGAUGGGGCACUGAUGAGAAGGUUGAUGUCGGCAUUCUUGCUGUGCAGCCAGCCACAGGAGACAUCAUCUACGACAACUUUGAAGAUGGCUUCAUGCGGAGCGAAAUUGAGACUCGACUAUUGCACAUCUCCCCUUGCGAGUUUCUCAUUGUGGGUGACUUGACCAAGGGCACGGAUAAGCUCGUGCAGCACUUGUCGGGCAGCAGCACCAACGUCUUUGGUGACCGAAGUCGGGUCGAGCGCGUUCCCAGGGGUAAGACCAUGGCCGCUGAAGCAUACUCGCACGUCACCCAGUUCUACGCCGAUAAGCUGAAGGAAAACAACCAAGAUGAGACUGCCGCCGCCCUUCUCGACAAAGUCCUGAAGCUGCCCGAACCCGUCACUAUCUGCCUCUCAGCCAUGAUCAACCAUCUUCAGGAGUAUGGCCUGGAGCACAUCUUUGACCUCACCAAGUACUUUCAGAGCUUCAGCACACGUUCUCACAUGCUCAUCAAUGGCACCACCCUCGAAAGCCUCGAGGUGUAUCGAAACUCAACGGACCACUCUGAAAAGGGCAGUCUAUUCUGGGCACUGGACAAGACCAUCACUCGCCCUGGUCACCGGCUUCUUCGAAAGUGGGUAGGCCGGCCCUUGCUUGAUCAGCAACUUCUCGAAGGACGUCUCGCCGCCGUAGAAGAGCUUCUUGAGAAGCAAUCUACUGCACCCGUUGCCCAGCUGGAAGCCCUCUUGGCCAAUGCCAAAACGGACCUCGAGCGGAGCCUCAUCCGUAUCUACUACGGCAAAUGCACCCGCCCUGAACUCGUCUCCGUCCUCCAGGCCCUCCAAAAGGUCGCAAGUCACUACUCGACCGUCAAGUCCCCUUCCGACGCCCCUUUUAGUUCUCCUCUCCUCAACGAUGCUAUUUGUGCUCUCCCCCAGAUCCUGGACACUGUCAUUUCCUACCUAGAGCAGAUCAAUCUCGGCGCUGCUCGAAAAGACGACAAGUAUGGCUUCUUUCGCGAUGAGUAUCAGACCGAGGACAUGCAAGAUCACCAACUGGGAAUCGCCCACGUCGAACACGAGCUGGACGGCCACCGUGCUAUCGCUGCUGAGAAGAUCAAGAAGAAGACGGUCGAAUACGUCACCGUCGCCGGCAUCGAGUAUCUGAUUGAGGUACCCAACGCAGACAUCAAGAAUGUCCCGGCGUCGUGGAGCAAGAUCUCGGGCACCAAGAAGCUAUCACGCUUCCAUACCCCUGAGGUCCUCCGCCUCAUCACCGAGCGCGACCAGCAUCGCGAAGCCCUGGCCGCUGCCUGCGACAAGGCCUUCAAGGACCUCCUCGCUGCUAUUUCGGCAGACUACCAGCCUCUCCGCGAUGCCGUCUCGGCACUGGCAACCCUCGACUGUCUUCUCUCCCUCUCCAAGGUCGCCGCUCAGCCCGGCUACUCUCGCCCAUCUUUCCUCCCCUCCUCCUCUGACCCUACCAUCUCCAUCACCAAUGGUCGCCACGCCAUCGCCGAGCACACACUUGAGGGUGGCUACAUCCCUUUUUCCACCAAACUCGCACACCCAUCACCUCUCGCCCAUCUCAUCACCGGACCCAACAUGGGCGGCAAGUCCUCCUUUGUCCGAGCCCUUGCUCUCAUCGUCCUCCUCGCACAGGUUGGCUCCUUUGUGCCUGCCGAUGCCCUCUCCCUCACCCUUUGUGAUGCCAUCCACACCCGUACGGGUGCCCGCGAUAAUCUCUUCGCCGGCGAGUCCACCUUCAUGGUCGAGGUCUCCGAGACGGCCCGCAUUCUCCGCUCCGCCGGUCCCCGGAGCCUGGUCAUCCUCGACGAGCUGGGUCGUGGUACUAGCACACACGACGGUGCUGCCAUCGCCCAAGCCGUUCUCCAACAUGUCGUCACAGAAACGCGCUGCUUGACACUAUUUAUUACCCACUAUCAGAAUCUAGCACGGGUCGCAGAGGGCCUCGAUGGUGUCAAAAACGUCCACAUGAAGUUCAAAGCUGAGAAGGGAGCCGAUGGUGAGGAGGAGGUCACCUUCUUAUAUGAGGUGGGUGAGGGUGUCGCCCACCGCUCCUAUGGCUUGAACGUCGCAAGACUUGCUCGCAUCCCGAAAAAGGUUAUUGAGGUUGCCUCCCUCAAGUCGAGUCAAAUGGAACAAGAAAUGAGAAUGCGACGCCUAAAGGGUAUCUGCCGCACCCUGUCCGAUGUGAUGGAUAAUGGACCAGACCAGCUCGAUCAUCUUGUAUCGAGCAUUGAACAAUUGUAA